AAAAAAUAAAAUUGACCAUUUGUUCUAUUCAGUUGGCUGUCAACACAUUGACGGAGUUUGUUUUUUUUUUGUUUUAUCUUAAAAACAAAUAGUUUCAAUAUAAAGAGUUUGUGUCAAUAUGGGAGAGGCUACUGGAUCAGCAGUAGUCCUAAACACGCUGCUCGAGACGGAUCACUACGAGGGCCUAAUCAAGGAGCUGACGUGUACCAAAUGUAACACGUACAUGCGGCCGCCCAUCCACCUAUGUGUGGAUGGACACAGUCUCUGCGGCCGCUGCUACGAGAAGAGCUUCGAAUGCCAUGUUUGUAAGAAAGAAUUCUCACAAACCCGCUCAUCAGCUCUCGAAUCGUUGGCGAACAAGGUCCUAUUUCCAUGCAUAAAUGCUGGCUGCCCCAAACAUGCUGUCCUAUCACAACUGGACAAGCAUUACGCCCACUGUCAGUUUCGCAUCAUCAACUGCUUCAUGGCUCGAGUAUAUGGUAAGUGUUACUGCU